AUGGAAAAAUAUCAAAUUAGUUUUCAUUAUGUCAGAAAAACUGACACCGAUUGGACACUGGUUUCAGAAUGUGAGAUAUUCACUUUGAUUGGAGUCAAAAAAUAACUUUGCUUUCAGGUGGCUUUGUGAUUAUCGCAAUUGGAUCAUUUUUGUUGUUGGCUUAUUUGAAUUACAAAAAUUCGAUUGGACAUGGUGCAGCAAGACAAAUUGUGAGUUUUUAAAAACAACUUUUUAUAUCCUAACUUAUAUCAGAUUUUCAGAACGAUCUCUAUACAAAAUGGCAUCUUGAAGAUGAAAUCAAGCAAGCUCGCGACGAACGAGAAGCUGAAAAAAAUAAACACAAAGCAUUCAAAAAACUUCCGAAGCCAACAACGAAAAAACUUUCAAAAUCAAAGUCAAAAUAA